AUGCUUCGCAGUUUGUUUGGAGGUGCCAUAUCUACUUACAUUCCACCAAAUUUUAUAGAUGUCAGCGACAUUCGUCAAGUGCCUGACAACCAAGAAGUAUACGCAGAUGUCGAUACAGAUCAAAGUAUUGUCGUCGAAAUUUUACAACUUGCUCAAGAGGCAUCAGAUGACGACGCUGCAAAAUUCCAUUUUGACUCGCUUGCUCAUGAUAAUGAUGCUGAAGGCUACAGCACAAUGCAUCAAACAAUUCCGCUAACUCCAUCUGAUGUUCCAGGCUUAUUGCCAACUGCGAGAAUGUCUUUUCUAACGGGACAGCAACAAGUCGCAAAGUUUCGCGAAAAUGAACCAGAAGCACGAAAUCUGGUCAACAUCUUUCUUGCAGUUUUUAGACUGCACGAAUACGAAACCGAUAUUGUUAUAACUCACAACAUUCCUAUACUUAUCGGAGCUCAUAGUAGUAGUAGAGAGACAUCACAAGAAGGGAAUUUGCGUGAUGGGAUUGAUGAGUUUAAGAGAAUUGUGACGUCAUUUGUUAUCAAUGAUUGGGUCAUCAAGCUGGGAACGUCAUCGAUAUGCGAUGUGGAGACUCACCUGCCACUUUUGUCUAAUCUCUCUCUCAUGGUGGAAACGGUGGUGAAACUACGUUCAGCUGGACAUAGAGUGGUUUUGGUAACUAGCGGUGCGAUAGGCGUUGGAUUGAGACGGCUAAACAUGCCAAAGAAGCCCAGGAGAUUGGCAGCUAUUCAGGCUGUCGCUGCUGUUGGACAAGGACGUCUUAUGAGAAUGUAUGAUGAUCUUUUCAAUCAGUUAAAUCAACCAAUUGCUCAAAUUUUACUCACAAAAAACGAUAUUGCUGAUAGAACACAAUAUCUUAAUGCUGUAAACACGUUCACUGAACUGCUUACAAUGGGUGUCGUCCCUGUAGUUAACGAGAACGAUACAGUAUCAGUCAGUGAAAUCCGAUUUGGAGAUAAUGAUACACUAUCAGCCAUAACAGCAGGAAUGGUAAAUGCAGACUAUUUGUUCUUGAUGACAGAUGUCGAUUGUCUUUAUACUGAUAACCCGCGUAACAAUCCUGACGCCACUCCUGUCGAGAUUGUUGAAGAUAUUGGUGCACUCAGAGAAAAGGUAAUGGUUUCUACACCCGGGAGCUCGUUGGGCACAGGUGGCAUGACUACAAAGCUCAUAGCAGCUGAUCUAGCCACAGCUGCGGGAGUUAUUACAAUCAUUAGCAAAGGAUCAAAUCCAAAAAACAUCAUUACCAUACUCGAACAACUGACAAUAGACCCAAUGGCCACUGCAUCCUCUAACCCGUCCAUGCCUCUACAUACACGAUUUAUGAAAAAAUCCAAUGCUACCGUGGAUCGUAAAUGGUGGAUUCUUCAUGGACUACAUACAGCCGGCACCGUGUUUAUUGAUGAAGGUGCUGCGCGUGCAGUGACUAAUGCUAAACAAAAGAACAGUUUGUUUGCAGCUGGGAUUACAAAAGUUGAUGGCAAUUUCGUUGCCAAUCAGGCUGUCAGUAUAGCAUGUCAACAGGAUAACGAAAUUGUCCAAGUCGGGAAGGGUUUGGUUAAUUAUUCGUCAAGUGAGAUUGGUAGAAUCAAAGGAGUACAGAGUUCCGAAAUCGUCGAGAUUUUGGGAUAUGCUGAUUCGGAAUGUGUUGUGCAUAGGGAUAAUUUGGCUAUUAUAAGAGUAGAAAAGACAAACUAA